CGAGCUCACAAAGUCCGGAGCAACAGCGGUCAACGCAAACGAUCAGAAGUAUGUCUCUCAGCACCAGCGACGGCGGCGCUCGGCAAAGAAGACCAAGUCGUCUGAGACGCCUGAGCUCGGCGACAAUAUCACACGUAAGCUUGUGCCGUUCCAUUGAACCGUUAGGCUGAUUGGUGUCUUCUUCGCUGCGGUACAGUAACCCAGCAACAGAUCAUGCAACUCCUAUCCCAUACUGGCAUACGCGGUAUCUUCCAUCAGUAUGGCGGGCCUACUACUCGCUCUCAAGCUAGGCGGUCUCAAGCAGAGCAUGCUGAACUCGCAGAGGACGAUCAGGAUGACGAGGACUACGUUCCUUAUGGCGCACAGCGAAGACGACGAGCGAGAGCGCCGAUAAUGGGCAGUCGAUACCCAACGGUACCGUCCGAAGAAGGCAAGCGGUUGAUGGAAAGCGGCACUUUUGGCAACAACGAUAGAUGUGAUCAUUCAGCUUGCGGACUACCACUUGACAACGAGACGAUGCGCAAACGGCGCAAGCUUUCUCGCCGAAUGCUGGACCGUGAGCUUGGUGUCGAGAACCGUGGUCGCGCACGUGUGCUCAACGGACUGGCUGUACAAAACCUUAUCCCAUCAUCAAAAGCCGAUCUGAUUGUUAACCUCAACGCUCGCUGCUAUUCCGGCCAGUUUAGCGAGGACGGCUCGUUCUUUUUCGCUUGCGGUCAAGACUUCCGUGUCCGAAUGUACGACACUACCAAUCCGUAUGAUUGGAAGUAUUACAAAACCUCCACUUACCACAGUGGUCAAUGGACGAUUACCGACGCAUCGCUAUCUCCGGACAACAAACUACUGGCAUUCAGCUCGAUACGAAGCAUGAUCUGCCUUGCUAACACCGAGCAAGGCGACGACUCCGAACCGCGGCACCUCGAACUUGCUGACAUGGGCAAUGGCAGCCGCGGACUCGGCGUCGGUGAUGGCUGGAGUAGGUCAGGACGAAACUUCGGCAUCUGGUCUCUGCGCUUCUCCGGAGAUGCUAGUGAAAUUGUUGCAGGUACUUCAGACCACAGUGUCUAUGUGUAUGACCUAGAGGCGCAGAGAUCUAUCCUUCGCAUACCCGGUCAUGCCGAUGACGUCAAUGCUGUCUGCUUCGGCGACAAGCUGAGCCCGCAUAUUCUGUACUCUGGCUCGGAUGACACAACUCUCAAGGUCUGGGACCGACGGUCUCUUGCUUCCAUGCGACCUGCGGGCAUGUUCUUAGGACACACCGAGGGGUUGACGUACAUUGACUCGAAGGGUGACGGUAGGUAUGUCAUAAGUAACGGCAAGGACCAAACGUGCAAGCUCUGGGAUCUACGGAAGAUGAUUAACACCGAUGUCGCCGAGAGGAUCAACCCGCAGAAUUACACAACCAACUUCGACUAUCGAUUUAGCCCGUACGACACCGACUCGCAUGAUCCACAUCCACACGAUUGCAGUUUAGUCACCUUUACCGGCCAUAGGGUGCUCAAGACGCUCAUUCGAUGUCACUUCAGUCCGCCGGGAAGCACAGACGGCCGCUACAUCUACUCUGGCUCGCAUGACGGCAAAGUGUACAUUUGGAACCUGGACGGCACCCAAGCGUCUGAGCCCAUCAAUGUUCUCGCCGCAACGAAAAACAGCAGGCCAGAGAGUGACGAACGGUACGUAGAACGGUACGAAUACUACGGUCGUGGUGGCGUGUGGAAGACAAUCGUUAGAGACUGCAGCUGGCAUCCGUCCGCGCCGGUCAUUGCAGCUACGAGCUGGAACGGAUGGGAUCACGGCCUCGGAACUUGCACGGUCCACUCAUGGAACGGCGGUCUUGACAGCGAUGAGGUUGGUGGCGACCGUGAUGGAUUCACGGGUGCAACUGGAGAGGAGAUGGCGAGCGCCAAGAGUUUGGGCAGCACUCCGAUGGGUGCGAGGGUGACCGCGCAGCUGCAACAUGACCAGCGAUUCUAUGGUAACGCUCCCACCGAGCGGAGAACAGAGGCACGGCGCACACGACUGACGGAUCGGAUGGGUUUGGGUAGCCUGUUUGGGGCGGACGAUGAUGAAUAAUUGUCUAGUGAUGGACGGUAUCAGACCGUUCACGCGUACAUGGCGGGUGACCUGUUCACGAUCUCCGCAGUAAGUGACACAGGCUGAGCGCUGAGGGCUGCGCAACCUCAACAAGAAUGAUUGCUGAGGCACACACUGGAUAUAUGGCGUUUUAUGACGGCUUGGAGAGGGCGGUACAGCGAGCAAUUCUGGAGAGUCGGGUGGGAAUUUGUAUAGCAUGGCGGAGGAGUCCUCGCGCUUGGCUUCACGCGCAGAACUUGACCCCCAACAAUGGUGCAUUUUGCAACAUCAAAUCGAAGUGUAUCAGCCUAGAGAUGGCCUCCAACUCCGUGUUGAGAACGCCCUCGCUAUGCUUUAAUCCAGACUUUCUAGUGUCGGGCAGGGGCCCAUCCAGCCAUUGUGUGGUCAUGCUUGCCGCGGACAUUAUGCCUCAUGCG